GGAGAGAAGUGAAUCUCAAAGCCUCACAAUCCCCUUAUGCUUCUCAUUUCUAAAAAUUUAUCGUGGAGUGAGAGCGAUCUCAUAUAAAACAAACGAAGACCUCUCUUCUCUCUCUCUUUCUCACAGUAAUUCACAGAUCCAUAUACCCAUUCUCUCUCUCUCUCUCUGUGAAAACGAAACGCCAUGGCGUUUCGAACGUCUCUCUCCGCGAUCUUCGCAAUCCUUCUCCUUCUCUUCCAUGGCGGCCUCUGUUUCUAUCUCCCCGGCGUCGCUCCCGAGGAUUUCGAAAAGGGUGAUAGUUUGAAUGUAAAAGUGAACAAAUUGACCUCUAUAAAGACUCAGCUUCCUUACUCAUAUUAUUCUCUGCCCUAUUGUAAGCCUAAAAAAAUAGUGGACAGUGCAGAGAAUCUUGGGGAAGUACUUCGUGGUGAUCGUAUUGAAAACUCUCCUUAUGAGUUUAAAAUGCGAGAAGCGCAAAUGUGCAGUAUUGCCUGCCGGAUUACACUAGAUGCCAAAUCUGCAAAGGAGUUUAAAGAGAAGAUUGCUGAUGAGUAUCGGGUUAACAUGAUCCUUGAUAAUCUUCCGCUGGUUGUUCCUAUGCGAAGGGUGGAUCAGGAAUCUCCUAUUGUUUAUCAGCUUGGCUAUCAUGUUGGUCUCAAAGGCCAAAUUGCUGGGAACAAGGGUGACAAGUAUUUCAUUCACAACCAUUUGGCAUUUACUGUCAAGUAUCAUAGAGAUACACUAACAGACUCUGCAAGAAUUGUGGGAUUUGAGGUUAAACCAUUUAGUGUUAAACAUGAAUUUGAAGGAAAAUGGGAUGAGAAAAAUACACGUUUAACAACCUGUGACCCUCACACAAAACACAUGGUUGCUAAUUCCAACACUCCUCAAGAGGUUGAAGCGAAACAAGAUAUUAUAUUCACAUAUGAUGUUGAGUUCCAGGAGAGUGAUGUGAAGUGGGCAUCUAGAUGGGAUGCCUAUCUUCUAAUGAGUGAUGACCAAAUUCACUGGUUCUCAAUCGUCAACUCUUUGAUGAUUGUUCUCUUCCUCUCGGGCAUGGUUGCAAUGAUAAUGCUAAGAACGCUUUACCGUGACAUCUCCAAGUAUAAUGACCUUGAGACCCAGGAAGAGGCUCAAGAAGAGACAGGAUGGAAGCUUGUCCAUGGGGAUGUCUUUAGGCCCCCAAAUAAUCCAGAACUGCUCUGUGUCUAUGUUGGAACUGGUGUUCAGUUUUUUGGGAUGAUACUGGUAACUAUGAUCUUUGCCAUCCUUGGAUUCCUCUCCCCUUCAAACCGGGGUGGUCUCAUGACAGCCAUGCUCUUGCUUUGGGUCUUCAUGGGCCUUUUUGCUGGUUAUGCAUCAGCCCGUUUGUAUAAGAUGUUUAAAGGAGCAGAAUGGAAGAAAAUUGCUUUCAGGACUGCAAUCAUGUUCCCAGCAACUGUCUCAGCCAUUUUCUUUGUCUUAAAUGCCCUCAUAUGGGGACAGAAAUCAUCUGGGGCUGUGCCAUUUGGUACCAUGUUUGCUCUGGUAUUCUUAUGGUUUGGGAUUUCAGUCCCACUUGUAUUUGUGGGUGGCUAUGUUGGGUUCAGAAAACCAGCAAUUGAGGAUCCUGUGAAGACAAAUAAAAUCCCAAGGCAGAUUCCUGAGCAGGCCUGGUAUAUGAACCCAAUCUUUUCGAUUCUGAUUGGAGGAAUACUCCCAUUUGGAGCUGUUUUCAUUGAACUCUUCUUCAUUCUUACCUCAAUCUGGCUGAACCAGUUCUACUACAUCUUUGGCUUCCUCUUUUUGGUCUUCGUUAUCCUCCUUGUCACUUGUGCUGAAAUAACCGUUGUGCUCUGCUACUUCCAACUGUGCAGUGAGGACUAUCUGUGGUGGUGGAGGUCAUACCUUACAUCUGGCUCUUCUGCACUAUACCUUUUCCUCUAUGCAACAUUCUACUUCUUCACAAAGCUUGAAAUCACAAAGCUGGUGUCCGGGAUAUUAUACUUCGGAUACAUGCUAAUUGCCUCAUUUUCAUUUUUUGUUCUGACUGGUUCCAUCGGAUUCUAUGCAUGCUUUUGGUUCACAAGGCUCAUCUACUCCUCGGUUAAGAUCGAUUAAAUAAUGCAAUAAGGUGUGUUGGAUGGUCUGUUUCUUUCAUAGGCUGCACAAUUUAUCUGUAUAAGAAUUAAAAUUAAGUUACAAUUAUGCUUUUCAGAUGUAACAUUGUACUCAAUUUUGAUUUUUGACAAGGCCAUGAUUUGGUGUUUACAGUAGCUUUUUAUUUGUUGAAUAUUUAAUGAAUGAUUCUCUCCUAGAAUAUUUGUUUUC